AUGUUAGACAAACCAACCAAGAAACAGGGGGGCAUCGCGCGCUUGUGUGUGUCUAUUGUGGACACUUUUCCAUAUUUGUUCUCGAUCGUGUCGAUUUUGCUGAAAUUUCGCAUUUUCAAGACAUUCGAAAUUCGACGUUCUCGACCUUGGAAACGUCGAACGUUUGGCACACCUCAAGUGGUCACGUCUCACACUCCAUCCUCGUCGGUCCGUCGCGUAGCCAUGCUCAAGGUGAUCCUCCAGCACCACUCGAAGAUGGGUGUGCUGCUCGUGGUAGCAUCCGUCGUGUGGGAGUACCCUCGAAUCAUGCUGUUCCAGUACCUUCUUGGUAUGCUAAGUGAUGUCGUCCACCGCAACACGCAGCCCCGUGCCAUGUAUCUGUUCCAGUCCGUGGUACUGGGCGCGAUGGUCGCGGCGAUCGCACACGACCUAUCGGUGUUUUUAGCGUCCUCGGACAACUAUUACAACUCUCCCCGCCGUGUUUGGAAGUACGCGGUGGCGACUCCCAUGACCCUGUGCGGCGGCCUCGUCCGCAGCCUUGGUGUGCCCGUGUACUCCCUCGUGGUUGCAGUAUGGGAAGCCGUUGUUGUGCUGCACGGAUUCCCUUUGGACGAAGCACAAUACAGCCGACUCCAUCUCGCAUAUGUCGAGGAACUGCGGUCGCAUCCAGAUGCAGUGCCUUCGCCGCACCUGUUAGCGAACUAUGUCUACUACGCUUCCUCUGCCUCCACCACGUCCUCGUCCUCCCCUCUCAAGCCCGAGCAGAUGGAGCAUCUGUGGACGUAUGCGCGCUUCUCGGGCAAAAUCGUCAUCGCAUUGUUCUUUUGUGUCGUGUAUGGCGUCGCCUCCUUUUGCAACGCGCCUGGCCUUGAAGGCGAACACUUACGGGAUGCUGCGCGCAACUGCGACGUGGACAGCGCGAGGCGCGCACUCUCCCGCGGCACGGACCCGAACUCCAAGGGCCACGACAAAGCCACCGCGCUGCACAUCUGCGGCCAGCAGGCGCUCCCUGAAAUGGCCCGGCUGCUGCUGGAAGCUGGCGCCGACCCGAACGUUAUGGACUCGCUCGGGUUUUCUCCUUUGCAUUGGGCCGUCCAACUGCGAAGGGAGGAGCCAUGCGUGGAAAAGCGGCUGGAGAUGAUCCGGGUGCUGUUGGAGUAUGGCGGCAAUCCCCGCCUGGGGGACUUCCGGGGGAACACGCCGCUGUCGAUCGCGUCGCGCUCGGAGAACGCCCGGUCCGGACAUGUCAUUGCCAUGUUUGAUCGAGGGGGCGACAGGUUUGUAGCUGCGCCGACGACAACAUGAAAACGUGGGAUGUGUGGGUGUGUACAUGAUAAACUUAAUAUUGCUUAACUAUAUAAAAUAUAUUCAAGAAUACUAGUUUUCGAAAUAUAAAUCUAGAGAAACUCG